UCAAACAUCUCUCUCUUCUGCUAAUUGAAAAAAAAAAUCAAGUAUAUAGUCAACAGUUUCCCUCCGAUUCCUAAAAUCCGAGUCUUGAAUUUGAAUCCCACCGCCCGGUCUCUCUCGAAAAUGCUACUCGUCGUCUUCCGCUUCAGAAACGUUAUCCUUCAAAUCUCCUAACUAUGCGAAUAUCCGGAGAUUUUUAAAUUUUGGUCAAAGUCAUCUGAAGCUGCAGUGUAAAUAGGCGGCUUCUGGGUAGAUCGUGUUUGCAAGAAAUGGGUUGUUUCUUCAGUUGUUUGAGGAUCAAUGAUGGUAGUCAUUCUCAAAUUCACUUAGUUACUGAUUCAGUGUCCGGCAAGCCAAAGCAGGAAAGAGGCAGAUCUCCCAGGUCCUUGAAAAAUCAUCGGCAUACUGAAGCGAAAAUUCAUUCACCAUACAAGGACAAGGAAAAUUCUCUUUCCAGUUUUUUGCAGCAGGGAAAUGAUGAUGAGAUGGAUCUCAAGGCUGAGGCUGGAUCUCUCAAAGCCUUGUUUACAUCAGUUGAGUCUCAAAAUGAAGUUGGGAAAGAACUGUACAAACAUAAAGACUCGUUGCUUGCUACUCCAGAUUCAAAGCCUCCCCUAACUCCUAUCCAAGUUUCUGAAAAGUGGUUGAAACAAACCGAAAGAGGCACACUUGGUAGACAGAUUCCUGGAGUAAAUGCUGACAGUUCAAUUGGUGAAAGUGAGGCUGCCAAGGAAAAUCCCACUGACUUACUCAUCUCUACAGAAGAUACGGUUACAGAUAAAAUCAGUAAAAAUAAAUCCGUGCAUUUCAAAUAUGAAGAUGACACAGGUUCAGUUUCAUCAAGAAUGGAAAACCAAAAAUUUUCAGAUGCUGAAUCUUGUCCAACACCUUUCAAUCUUACUGAUGAGAUGCAAACGCCAGGAACGGCUUUCCCCACAAAUCUGGAUGAAUUUGGAAUGGUGAAGAACCCUAGAAUUAGGUCCCAGUACGUAUACCCAGUCGUCACUUGUGGUAGAGAAGACCAUCAUCAAGUCUCAGAAUUAAGUUCAGAUACAGAGUUAAAGGUGGAGGAAAGCUUGUCUGAUUGGUUUAAGCCACUAUCAACUAAUCCUGGUAAAAGGGAUUAUAUUGGCAUAAGUCAUGGAGAUAGGCCUAUCAUAGGCAUGGUGGCUGCUCACUGGACCACCGAAGAUGAAUCUUGUGAAAUUCCAGCUAAGCCAUGGGAUGGAAAAGGAAUUCCAAAUUCGACUACUAAAUAUAAGGAGGACCAGAAAAUUUAUUAUCAUGCAACACCAUUUGAAGAGAGAUUGGAGAAGGCAUUGUCAGAUGAAACUCUGGUUUCUAGGAAGAAAAUUGUUAAACAGAUGCUACCCGUAAAUUUUGAGGAAAGUGAGGAAAGUGAUACUGCAAUGUCCCAGCUGCAGUCUUCGUCUCGCCAGCCAGUGGCUUCAUUCUAGUUCAAGCAUUUAUUCUCUCUGGUUUUGUUGAAAAUUUGUUAAUAGAUAUAUCUCCUAAAAGAAGUUGUUGCUCCAUGAACAAUGAAAGAGUUUUUCAGAUGCUUUUAUUGGCUUGAUGUAAUGUAUCUUAAAACAUAUUGAUGGACACAAAUUUCCUUUACCUGUCUUCCUCGUGUAACAAAGUUUGCUCUGCUAUCCUAUCGGAAAAAAUCGUAUGCUUUAAGAUA